UGGGAUAAAACAGGAAAAAUCACACUGUCAGUUUGGCAAUAUUUAAGACAAAAAAAAAAAUCAAUAACUACUGAUAUGACUGAUAUGACACACUUAUAUCAUGACAGUUUUCAGUCACAUCUUGCAGUUCUUUAAGAUGAUCUAUAAACGUCUUAAAUUUAACCUCCUGAAACUUUCAGAGUGAGUGUUAUAUGUUAUUAGAGGCAUUUGCAUGUAUGGAAGCUCAGAGGUUAGAUUUGGUCUUGAUCUUAAGUAAAGGAUUACUACGAAAUGUCAAAACAAAUAAAACAUGGUCAAGGCAUGUUCUUUCAGGGAACAACUAAUUAGAAAGUGAAAUGAAUUGUUUUUAUUUUCAGAAAGGUCCAGCUAUCAGCUGUAAUGUCGGUUUGUCAGUUUGCCAGCUGAACUAAUACUGAUAAAAAAAAAGAAGUGCCUUCAUUAAUUUGCAAAUAACCUUUAUGCAAAGUGUGCAAGCUAAUAAAAUGAUUGGUUUUCUAUUGUUGUUCUUUAUCCUUGGCCAACCAUUCUCCCUUUGAAUAAUUGGUAGCCAUGGAUUUUGCCUGUUUUAUUUUAUUUUUUUUCCUUGGUCAGCAGCUACUAGUUUUGUCCCCAAGAUCAAUUACCUUGGUAACAAAACCAGAGAGAGGGAGGCAGGGGGAAGAUGAGGGAAGAAGGAGGGAUAAAGAGACACGAGCGGACAGUGAGAGAGAGAGAGCGCUUUGUGCCCACAAUGGCGACUGUAGGUAUGCUAAAUACCUCUGGUUCCUUAUCCGGGAACUACCUCUUCCUCUGCUAUUGGGCCACUGGGUCACGUGGUUAAAGUAACUUUACAGGGCUGCUCGCAAGUAGGAGGGCUUUAUGGAGCAGAAAAACGACAAAGCUAGAAAAAUUAUUUUCCACUCCAGAAAUUAAUGAUCAUGAGCUCGUAUUUGAUGGAGUCUAACUACAUUGAUCCGAAAUUUCCUCCAUGCGAGGAAUAUUCGCAAAACAACUACAUCCCCGAGCACAGUCCAGAAUAUUACAGCCGCGCAAGGGACACUGGCUACCAGCAUCACCACCAGGAGUUAUACCCUCCUCCGCGGGCGAGCUACCAAGAGCGCCAGUAUAACUGUGCAAGCAUCCCCGAGCCCGACACGCCGCGGGGACACGGAAUACCCCACUCCGCGCACCUGCUGACGGGAAAGGGCCAGCCUGCGUCAUGUGAGACCCCACAGUUGUCCAUGUCCCCCGCCACCCCGCCGGCCGCAGCCUCCGCCUGCAACCAAGCCACCCCGGAGCAUCCCAACAGCACAGUCUCCUCCAAACAGCCCGUGGUCUACCCGUGGAUGAAGAAAAUUCACGUCAGCACUGUGAACUCUGGUUACAAUGGGACAGAGCCAAAGCGGUCUAGAACAGCUUACACCCGGCAGCAGGUCUUGGAAUUGGAGAAGGAAUUCCACUAUAACCGGUAUUUAACCCGACGGAGGCGCAUUGAGAUCGCGCACACCCUGGUGCUCUCCGAGCGGCAGAUUAAAAUCUGGUUUCAGAACCGCAGGAUGAAAUGGAAAAAGGAUCACAGGCUGCCGAACACCAAAGUGAGAUCCUCCUCCUCUUCCUCGUCCUCCUCCUCCGGGUCCAACACAGGCUCUGCGGCCGGCGGAGUCGCCGCUGUCUCGGCCACCAGCACUGGGGCCCCCGACGAACUCACAGGAGCACAGCAUGGCGAGGAUAUUACCAGGUUAUAAAACCACGAACCAUCCAGCUGGGGUACACGGAGAACUUGUUAUUUAUAGAACAAUGAUAUAUUUUGUUUUCGUAGCUAUCUUGUGCGGUUUCCUUUAAGUCCAAAGUUAUAUAAAAAAAAAUGCAUGUUAUAUAGCAUGGAUUACUGCGAAUACCGAUGGUUUAUUUUUUACGUGAAACAGGGUUUAAUUUAUUUGAAGUUCAGUUAUCCUGGUGUUUUUUUUAUUAAAAUGAAGGAGUGAAACUAGAAAAAAAAAUAUACAUUUUAUCGAAAUGUUAUUGUGGGCCAAUUUUUUGCCCAGCUGCCCAAGGUAAAAUGCACAAUCUAUUUAUUUCAAACAACACUGGAAGGAUAUCACUAUAAUAAUAAUAAUUAUUUUGGUAUAUUAAAAAAAAAGCUUGAACACAGCAUUGGUUCUGAACAUGUAUGUUUAGAAUAACAACAAUGUGUGAAUUUACCUCGUGUAUUUCAGAAACGGGAUUUUGAUCUGCAUUUUUAGUUCUUUGUUUUUCUUUUUAAUUAUUAUUAUUAUUUGUGGUGUUGAUGUUGUGUUUAGACCGUUACAAAGCAGACUAUUGUGAAAUGCAAUAAACGGAGUUUAGUGUACUUGUGCUAAUCAUAUUGGUCAAUAAAAACGGUGAGUGUCUACUAGUUUUACAUACGUAUGCUCGACGUUCAUUUUUGCUAAGACGAGGUCUGCUAUAGGAGGAUGUUUAAAAACUGUACAGAUGUGUAAAUACUCAACAGGACCACUGUUUUCUGACUUCUUUUUUCCCCCUGCGCCCUUAAAUUAGCAACAUGAUGUGUGUGUGCGUCUGUGUGUGUGUGUGUGUGUGCGUGUGUAUGUGUGCUUGUGUGUUUGUGUCCAGCCUUCCUUGUAAUAGAAUGAAGCUGUUUCCAAAAAAAAAAUAUG